AUGCCCGACAAUUCUUGUUUGAUGCACCGCGGGAUUUGGGAGGGGUUUGGUCGUCUCAAAAAGGAAAGAAGAACGAAGGUAAAAAAACAGUAUCUUUUGAAAGGGGGAGAAAGGCAGGCUUUAGGGGAAAUAGUACUGGGUAGCGUAAGCCAGGGUAACUUCUCCGUGAUCUGCAACAUUGUAACCAAUAUCCGUAUCUCCUCAGUAGUCUAUCUUGCUGUAGGCCAAGACCUUGUAUGCCGGGAGACUGCGCCACAUCUGAUGAUAGGAACCGAACACUCGGCCGGAAUGCUGUGGCUACUUGUCAUCAUAGUAGUAUCAAGAGUUGAGUUCGGCAAGGAGGGACAGAAGGAGGAGGAGGAGGAGGAGGAGGAGGAGGAGGAGGAGGAGGAGGAGGAUUUGUGGACAUUGGAUACGGAGUGA